AUGAGGAGCGCAGCUUUUCGCUCAAAGGCCCACCGGGGCUUUUUCAGUCUGCCGGCAUCUCAGCUGCUGCCCCUAAAUGCAGCAGCAGCAGCAGCAGCAGAGACAGCAGCAGAGACAGCAGCAGCGGUGACCGCAGCAGCAGCAGGAACAGAGCCCGCAGCAGCAGCUCCCCAGGCCACUCAGGAGCAGCAGCUCGCGCUGGAGGGCCCCAGGGCUGAAGAGGCUCGCAGUGACCCUCAAGAAGAGCAGCAACAGCAGCAGCAGCAGAGCAGCGAGCAGCAGCAGCAGCAGGCCAGUGGAGCGCUGGCCCCAGCAGCAAAUGCAGCUCACUCGCCCAAGCGCAGGCGACUUGGACCUUCAGCUGCUGCUGCUGCUGCUGCUGAUAGCUGCGAAGAGCAAGCAGCAAAUUUUGUCACAACCUUGGCGCUCCCCAGCAGCAGCAGCAGCAGCAGCAGCAGCAGCAGCGGGCGAGAGGUGGGUCUGCUGCAGCAGCAGCUGCAGCUCAUGGCAGCAAGAACGCAGGCAGCUCUCAGUGCUGAGGCUGCUGCUGCUGCUGCUGCCAACGUAGCAGGUGAAGUGCUAUCGUGGGGGCCCCCCGGCACCGCGCAGGGCCCCUCUGCAGCAGCCCCCGCAGCAGCAGCAGCAGCAGCAGCAGCAGAAGGGCCAGCAGCGCAACAGGAAGCCUUUGCUGCCUUUCAAGGAGACCCUGAACAGUUGCAGCAGCAGCUGCAGGCGUUCCCGCAGCUGCAGCAGCAGCUGCUGCUGCAGCUGGAGGCCAACAGGGGAGCCACAAGGGCCUCAGGACUCUAUCCUUCUGUGUCUCCUGAUUGGCUGGGAUAUGUUAUUACCGAGAAGCUGCAGCAGCUCUCAGGAUUAUCUGCUGCCAGCUUUUUUGCUGCUUUCGGAGUCUCCUCUUGGGAGGCACUGCAGCAGGAAACUGCUGCCCACGGCCGCAGCAGGGGGGCCCCCCAGGGGCCCCCCAAGCCCAAGGGCCCCCAGGGCAUGUGGGGCUCCACACUUGACCUCACUGCUUCUGCACUGGACCUCAUGCUGCGGCUUGCUGCUGUUCGAGUGGUUUGGAGAAGAUGCAUCAUCAAGGCUUUGUGGCUGCAGCGCGCCAGCAGCAGCAAAGCAGCAGCAGCAGCAGCGGAAGCAGCGGCGGAAGCAGCAGCGGAAACGGGCCAAGCGCUAGCCCUGCCGCCGCCGCCAGGCAGCGCUCCCGCUGCCGCAGCAGCAGCAGCAGCAGCAGCAGCAGCGCGGCCGAGCUUGCUGCUGCCGCUGCGGCGCAGCAGCGGGCGCUUCGCAGUGCGGCGAGCAGCAGCAGAUGGGCUCGAAGUCUCGGCUGUACACCCGGAAGCUGUGGGGCCGGAGCCGCUGUUUUCAGGUGUAUGUACAGCUAAUAUUCUUGCUGCCAGCAGACUUUUUUCUCCCCAUUUGCCCCCCCGGCUGCCUCCCCUCGACUUCGAUUUGCUGCUCGCGCUGCUGCUGCUCGCGCUGCGCCGCUGCCGCGUCCCUCUUGCUGCUCCCGACGUCCUGCGCCUCCUGCUGCAGAACCGAAUCGGGACUUUGUCGCUGCUGCGGCUGUUACCCCCCGCGCUGUGGCACCAGUGCCGCGUGGCUACGGGGGCGCUGCUGCAGCUGGCGCCCCACAAUGACGCAGCAGCAGCAGCAGCAGCACUGCAGCCGCAGACGCUGCCGCAGGCCUUUCGGUUGCACACAGUGCUGCAGGACUUGGAGGCCCUGGGGGUGGGAGGGGCCCCCGGGGGGGCCCCCCCCGUUAAUGCAGCAGCACUGAUUGCCCGGGUUGGGGCUGCGCUGAGGCUGCCCCCCCUGGUGCUGCUGCUGGCAAACGCGUUGCUGCAGCAGCUGCUGCCGGCGCAGCUGCUGCUGCUGCAGCAGAAGCUGCACACAGCCCCGGAGUACAGACACCUCAAACUCCCCCGCAAACCCCCUUUUGUGUCUUCCAAAGUCCAGUGUAUUCAGAGACCUUUGCCCCCCCUUCGCAUUCGCAAAGGGCUGGGGGGGCCUCGCCUUCGCCGUGCUGCUGCUGCUGCUGCUGCUGCUGCUACUGGUGACGCAGCUUCCACAGAAGCCGCAAGAGCAGCAGAAGCCCACAGAACGGAAGAGAGCACAGCAGGAGCGGCCUCCAAGCGCAGGCGCGCAGCAGCGGAGGGCCCCGUCCCUGCAGCAGAUGAAGCAGCAGCAGCAGCUGGUGGUGGUGGUGCUGCUGCUGCUGCGACGGGUAGCGGCGAUGCAGCAGGCGCUGCAGCUUCACCAGAUGCAGGCCCAGCUGCGUCUACGGGAAGCCCUGCGUCACCUGCGACGCAAGAAGCAGCAGCAGAAGCAGCAGCAGAAGCAGCAGCAGAAGCAGCAGCAGCAGCAGCAGCAGGAAAAGAGGGGGGCAGCAGCAGCGAAGAGGGUGGCUUCUCCUUGGGGCUGCAGCAAGCAGCUGGCAGCAGCGAAGGGGAAAGCGAAGCAGCGGGGCCACCACACACGGGGAAGGAAGGGGAGUCUGGUGGGGAGUUUUUUGCUGCUGCUGCUGCUGCAGCAGGACCCAAAAGGAAGCGCAGAAGGGGGCCCCCCCGCAUGCCCUGGUGCCGCUUCAGGGGGCCCCCCAGGGGGCCCCAAGAGGCCCCCGAAGUGGCCCCUUCGGGGGUACCCCAAAACCACCCUGAGGCCUGGAAGCUGCUGACUCCCCGCAGCAAAACAAACUCUUGGGGAAGUCCUUUGGAGUUUGCUGCUGGGGCUUGUUUGCUGCUGGCCCUCAGGCUCCUCUACGCGGCCAUGCAGUGGCAGCCCGCUGCACUCCCCGGCAACAGCAGCAGCAGCAGCAGCAGCAGCUGCUGCUCCGAUGAGCAAGCUGCUGCAGCAGACCUCCAGAAUGCCCUGGAUAUAUGCGUGCAGACGGAGAAAGAACUUUCCAGGGGCAAAACGACCAGCAGCAGCAGCACGAGCACCAGCAACAGCAGCAGCAGCAGCAGCAGCAGCAACAGCUUCCGACAGCGCCUGCCACAGGACGCGCAUCGCCAGUCUUCGCCUUCAUCUGCAGCUGACGACAGAGCCACCAGCAGCAGCGAACACAGCCAAAACAGCAACAACAAUAGCAGCAGCAGCAGCAGCAGCAGCAGCAAAACAGAAGGGCCCCUUGCUGCCUUUGGGGGGCCCCUGUCGCCCUACCGGCUGCCGCUUCAAGUCCUUCGGUGGGCCACAGACAAAUUUUUUGUUUAUCUUGAUGGCCUCACUCUGACUUGGGUUGUGGGCAUUCGCCAAACAGCAGCAGCAGCAGCAGCAGCAGCAAGCGCUGCUGCUGCGUUUGCUGCUGAGCCUGCUGCUGAGGGAGCAGCAGACGGGUUCACCCUUUACUUCUUUCCCGCAAAAGAAAUCGGAGAGAGACGAGCGGGCAGAAAGGCCAUUCGCUUUCUGCUGCUGCAGCACCUCCACCACAACCAGCAGCAGCAGGAGCAGGAGCAGCAAGAGCAGCAGCAGGAGCAGCAGCAGCAGCAAGAGCAGCAGAAGCAGCAGCAGCUAUCAUCAGAUGGCUUGCUGCCAGCUCCUAUCGUUCGCGUACUUUUAGAUCCCGAGGGCGGGGACCUGGCCGGGCUGCUGGACUAUUUCGAUUCUGUGGAAGCAGAAGCAGCAGGUGCAACAUUUUGUGGAGGCGGAGAAGCUGAAGAAGUGCUGCUGGAGCAGCAGCUGCUGCUGGCAUACCAGGAGACUGCAGCAGCAGACCCGCGGCGCCUGCGCCGGCAGCAGCAGCAGCAGCAGCAGCAGCAGCAGCAGCUGGAGUUGCCGUCUUGGUGCUGGGGCUGCCAGCUGCCGCCGCCUCUCGUGUCUCCCGUUGCUUCUGCUGCUGUCUCCAAAGCCUUCGAAGCUGUCAUGUCUCCUGCUGCUGCAGCUAAAACUGAGCGGCAGCAGCAGCAGCAGCAGCAGUUUUUGUCAGCUGUUCAAGCAGACAGGACAACAGUGCUAGACACCGAUUUAGGGUUUAGGGCCUGGGCUUUGGGCCCGCUGCUGCAGCAGCAGCAAGUGCUGCAGCGGGCUGAGGAGCUGCUCAUUUGCCGCCCGCUGCACACGCAUGCUGCUGCUGCGCUGGCAGCAGCAAGGACCCGGGCUGCUGCUGCUUCUGCUGCUGACCCGCAGACGCAGCAGCAGCAGCAGCAGCAGCAGCAGCGCGGCGCCCUCGUAGAGACAGAAGGAGACACCAUGCCUCUCGCCGACGUGGCAGAGGAUCUUGAGAAAGCAGCAGAUGCUGCUGCUGCAGCAUUUGGCUACAUAGGAGUACAGCAGCAGCUGCUGCAGGACCAGCAACAGCUGCUGCAGGACCAGCAGCAGAGACGCCGCAGCAGAAAAGACCGCCGCGAGAAGGGGAAGCGCCGCCACCGCUCGCGGCACAGCAGCAGCAGCAGCAGUAGCAGCAGCAGCAGCAGCAGUAGCAGCAGCAGCAGCAGCAGCAAGGUCACUCACUUUGAGAAGUAUAGGCACUUCGCUAGUGCAGGAGAGGCCUGGGAGCCGUGUGUGCUGCUGCCGCUGCAGCCCCACAGUGCUGCUGCUGUGCAGCAGUUUGCUGCAGAAGCUGCAGCAGAGCUGCCGCUGCUGCCGCUUCCCGUGCCCGCUGCUGCAACUGCUGCUGCUGCUGCUCGACAGGAAGCGCUGCAGUGCCUGCAGCAGCAGCAGGACUUGCGGCUGCAGUGGCUGGGCUCGCCUUACGUUAGCUACGGAGGAACAGCAAAGUCUCUUUACCUGCUGCUUGCUGCUGCGCUGCUUCAGCAGAUGGGUGCUGCUGACAGUUUGCUGCAGCCGCGAGCCCCGGGGACAGCAGAAGCAGCAGCAGCAGCAGAGACGCCUGAUGGGCUGCUGCAGCAAGCAGCAGCAGCAGACACAGCUGCAGAAGCACCCCAGGAGCCCAGCUUGUCCAGUGCUGUGGCACAGCUGCUGCAGCCCUGCAAAGCAGCAGCAGCAACAGCAGCAGAAACAGCAGCAGCUACUGUUACAGACGAGCAGCAGCGUGACGACCCGCCCCAGCAGCCAGCAGCAGCAGCAGCAGCAGCAGCAGCAGCACGUGUAGGCCGCAGCUCCCGAUCACGAGAGGCGUCUCAGCAA